AUGACACUUCCAAUAGUCAUAACCAGAAUCAUUUCAUCAUCUCCUUUGAUAACAAGACUUUCGUCUACAUUCAUUGGUCUCCAAAGAUCGGGCGCAUUAAAUAGAGGCUAUAGUACAUUUUCAAAACCGCUAUUGUCAUCCAGACGCUCAAUCCUCUUCUUUCUUAUCGGUCCUCCGAUAUUAUAUCUCACAACUACAUUUACCCGUCUCCUAUACCAAUAUCCCACAACUGAUAUUCACCGGUCACAUCCGGUUUAUAAAUCUACGGAUGACGUGAGGUUCAAACAGCUAUAUGGACAUUGGUUUACGGCGCGAGUACCCUACAAAUCGUUAAUUCGACCGGUUUCAGCAGCCGAAAGAAUAGGAGAUGAAACCGUGGUUAAAGAUGUAAAGCACAAGAAGACGCCAAUAGAAAUCUGGACUUCGGCGUUAUUCUGUACGCCUACAUUAGGCCUUGAAGCACUUGGCAUCGGUCUUUUGACCGGAAACGGAUUUACAACUGGCGACAGAGGCAAAGAAAGAGUCUACGUCGGCCAAGAACUCGCACAUGGAGUCUUCAACGUCAUAUCAAUCGAGGAGGCGGCAGAAGAUACAACAUCACUAGUAACAUUAACAGAACAAAAUGAUGGGGUAAAUGGAAAACUUCUGGGAAGAGCAGUAGUUGCAUAUGAUCUUCCGGAUUAUCCCACACACAUUUGGGAAGUUGCUGCGAAGUAUGGAGCGCCAUGGAGGCAUAUCAGUGGUGGGAGACAUUGUUUUGAGGUUAUUGAAGAGGAUGGGGCAAAGGAUGGGGAGGUUUUGGUGAGAUUCGGAUGUGUGAUUGAUAUGGAGAGGGUUAAUAGAUUGGAUAGAGAGAAAGGAGAGGAUGGGAAGGGGAUGCCGUGGUUGUACGUUUGGUUACAUGAGGUUUAUGCGAGAUGGUUAGUGGAUGGGGCGGUGAAUAGGUUGAGGAGAGGUCUCUAA